AUGUUAUCAGUUAAAAGUCUUAUUCCUGUGCUUGGACUGCUUCUUACUCUGUCUGGUAAUGUCUCCUUUUUUGCUGAUGCCAUCAUUGGCAGUCAUUUUGCUGUUGACGGACAGUUUCCUUAUCAGAUUGCCUUGAUAUACGACGGUAAACAAAAAUGUGGUGGUUCUGUGGUCACAAAGCACAUGAUCCUUACCGCUGCCCAUUGUGUUACUGGAUCACAUCUGAAACUUUUGAAGAUUAUUGUCGGGAACAUUUUUUGGAAAUCCGUCAAUGCACAAAUCUUCGAUGUUCAAGAAAUCAUCGUUCAUCCAAAUUUCAGCUUUGAUACCAAAGAUUACGAUAUUGCAUUGGUUCGGUUGAAUAAACCACUUAUAUUCGAUAAAAAUGUGCGACCAAUUCGUUUGGCUCCUGCUGGUCAAAAUUACAAGGAAAAUUUAACAACAAUUGUCAGCGGAUUCGGAGAUAUCAAUGCACGUAAGGAUAGGCUAAGUGAUUUGAAGUAUGCACUCAUACAGCUAUGGGGUCGUAGAUAUUGCAAUAGUGCCAAUAUUCCUGAACUAACGGAUCGCAUGAUCUGCGCAGGAGAUCCACUUGGAAGGCAAGGUCCAUGUGAGGGAGAUUCCGGUGGCCCAUUAACUUUGCAUGGCCAUCAAAUUGGAAUUGUCUCGUGGGGAUACGGAUGUGGCAGGGCGUAUAGACCGUCCAUAUUUACAUAUGUGCCUUAUCUUCGUCAAUGGAUCGAUGCAAAUAUCCAUGAUUAAAUUUAUAAAAAAAUAUA